AUGUCCGCGCUCAGCAAACUCAGUGCGUCUUGGUUCCAUUUAGCCCAAGAGAAUACCGUCGCACUCGCGAAUGCUCAUUUCGAUUUCUCGCUGAUCAAGAUCGAAAGUCCUGUGGAGUUCAGAGCGGUAGGUGCGGCCCUUGCGGACCGGCGACGCUUGGUUGCCGAAGAUGGCCAAUUGCACAUUGUCGCAAGGAAGCUUGGCGCUCUUCUCGACGGUGUGUUACCACAACGUCCCGCGUUGCUAUCAGCAUAUGGAAAGCGUGCAUCUGAGAUAACCGCUGAGCCAAAUGUCAACCCUCUCGGCUCCUCAAGCGAUGGUGUCUUUCGCGAUCAUGUUGGCGCAGACGGCAGUGGAAUAUGGGCUGCAGCAACUUCUGGCCAGUCAUCGAUCUCGGGCUUCUUGUUAGCCUGUUUACUUGCUCGGGUAUGGACUGCAGCAGAGGCCAUAUCGAUUUGGACUGAGCUUGUGGACGCGCGCAAGAAAGAGCUGGAAACCAUAUAUGACCAAGACCAGUCGGCCAUGAUAGCACUAAGUGCAUCAAGGAUCGUGCUCACAAAGGAUCAGUUGGCUAUGUGGGACGCCAGUGCCAGAUCUUGGCUCGAGAUUGCCGACAAAGCCAUGGGUAAGAGACACGUGCAACUUAUGCUGAUAGUUAACAAUGUUGAUCUGCCCGUCGCUCCAAAGCUCAAUGUCUAUGAUGGAGUCCUUGCUGCUUUUACGGCGGCGGCCAAUAACGUGGAGAAAAUAAUACUAGGAGAGUCGCUCAGUGUCCAAGAGGGAUCUAUUCUGCUUGGCCUCGCUGCCUGGCAUUUCUAUCCAGAUUUGUUGGUUCUGGGCAAGUGCCCUACGCCUGUUGUACAGCAUGAUCCCUUGAUAAACGGUGGACAAUUGACCAUCGGAUUGAAGAUGUCAUCAACACAAAGAAAACGCGGCGUCUUCUGGUCGCUGCCGCUCGCUCAUUUGAGGCAUUACGGAGACCCAGUGUCAAGCAUUCGGAGCACUGCCGACGAUGGAACCAAAAUAUCUUUCGAGCUGAUGGUGUAUGUCGUGCUUGGGUGCACCUUGCGUACCUGGGCUAAGUACAGUAUCAAACUAGACGACGGUAUAGAAGUCAUCCAUAAGCUCUGGAGCCAUCUCCUGGAGGGCUUUGGGAAUCGUUGGGAAAUUGAUGGCCGCUCUGGUAGAUGGCAUUGGCUUCCGGCUUUGGGUCGCGCUGCAAAACAGUAUAUGGAGGCCGGCAAAACGCAAAAGGAAGUAUAUUCAAAGCUGAUCCGAUUUGGCUCAAGGCAAGGGAAACUUUUGGGCCCUUCUGGGAUACACGCUACGCCGCUCUUCGGGCUCAGUAGCAGCCAAACCUUGUUCUCUCUACUCACCAGGGACGAAGCACAAAUUGCAUUGUUGAGACACAUCGCCUCCGGAAUUGAAGCUCUGCCAGAUGAAUUAUUGAUCAAGUAUAAAGCCUCGGUAGGGCCGGGGCACUGGAAAUGGUACGAAUACGCGACAGCUCUGCCCAUUACGGUAAAGACGGAGUCGUCGCAGCCUCGUCAAUUCCGUCACCUGAGAUGGAUGUUGGGUGCAGCCGAAGACCAAACAUCAUGCUACUGCAGCGGAAACUGCUUGAACGAUUGUCGAUGCCUUGCCUUGAAUGGUGCCUGCACAGAAAGAUGCGCUUGUAGGAAACACUGUGCGAUUCGAAACCGCAGUUCUCAGAGACAGCGGUAUAGUCAAGACCUGUCUGAACGCGCCAGAGAAGUCAUGACUCAGCAACAUGAGUACAUCCUCGAUAUUGGAGGCCAGGAUGACGAAAUCACUGAUGACUUGAUCUUCACUUGGCCUGGCUACCUUCGUGGCGAGGACCUUACCAGCCUUUUAGAAGAGAAAGCGAUGGCUUUGGAGCAUCCUUUUGUUGGAGAAGGGUCCUCUUUCAAGAUUAUAGCAGGCAACCCGGAUUCUGCGGCACUGUAUAUGAGGCAACCCGCGAGUGUCCGCCCGAAAGGGAUGAAUAAUCACUCUAGAAUAUAUGGUGUGGACGUCUUGAAGUAUGCGCUCGAGAAAAAAUUUCUGUCAGCUCACGCUCUAGGCGACCACAUCAUGUCCCUGUCGUCGUCAACUCGCAUCCAAGCUAAACGAAAGACUUCCUCUUCUUUCUUUUACGAUUGCUUGAUGGCAGCCGGCUUGGCCGUUUCUGUAUACGACCGAUUGCCGCAGUCCUCUGUCCUGCUUGGAGCUGCAAUGCUAGGCCCGCUGGCGGAAGCCUCCUGGUUCACAUCCUGGAAAGCCCGUUGCGUGCUGGCAGGCCAAAUCUGUGCCCUGAACAAGGACGAAGCUCUUGCUUGCGUUGUAAUGUUCGAUACAGGUCGCUUGAACCUUGAACCAUCGCUCUUCAAGAAGGUCAUGGCUGUUAGCUCGGCGAACUCCCUUUACGUGUCCGCAAGAUUGCUGAGUGAUCCUUCUAGCCAGACCGAUGACAGCGAUAUCCGACAACUCAUUGGCAAUGUCGGACGGGCAGGCCUGCUACUCUUAGUUCCUCCAAUCGACCCAAAGAUAAGGUCUCAAAAACUCAAUACUUGGAAUCAGAUAAACCAUGAUCCCCAUAACGGCAAGGUUGAAGAUUUGUUCCAGGAAACAAGUCUCCAUCUGUCAUUCACUGGGGCUGAGCAAGCCUUGGAUCUAGGCGCAUACGGUGAGAGAACAGCGGAAGCGUACUAUAUCGAGUCGCUUGUCUCGGUUCACGACAGAGGCGAGUGGGUGGCAGAUCUGGACAUUCUGGGCAUGUUUGAGAAGGACUCCUUCAGGUCUGUUAACUCGAAAGCGAGCAGCGUAAACAGCAAGCAUGAAUGUACCGGUGAGCAUGCAAAUAUCGACCUGGCCACGAUCACAGGCUGGGACGAACUUCUGGAUCUUCCGCAAGAGAAUCCCUCAGUGGUCAUGUGCUCUGGCAAUUGGCUGGCGAGGCUUGCCAUUUCCGCUGUAGUGAUUCAGCAAGGCAACGAAGCACACCUGUUGGCCCCGUUGCAAGCCAAAGACGCCUGCUGGGAUUGUGUCAAGAGAAUUUUGCGCCGGAGACAAGACAUGCUGCAACCCGUAACCUAUCGCUCAUCUAAAGAGGCAAAUGAUGGGCUCGACAAUGCCGAGAAAACGGACAAUUCGCCUGGCGGUGAAUUUGAAUGGGACCCGCAAAAAGAGGUUUGGUCACAAACGCAAGAGCAUCGUCUCCACUCGAACACUGGGCGCAAGAAACGGAGGUCCACGACUGGAGGGAAGGGCCGGAAAGGUCUUAGCGCGGUAAACGCAGAUAUGACCGAUAGUACAGAGGGAUACAACGAGGACGAGGAUGAAGACCACGAUGACGUUGAAAUGGGCUCACCAAAUUCAAUCAAAAACUUAGACUCCGCGGAUUCGGGUUUCAGCACUGAUGACGAGGAAGUACCCGAACAACACAAACUACGUCGGCAAUCCUCUAUGUCAGCUCCGGAGUCAGAGAGGCCUCCAAAACGUGCCCGGCUAUCUCCAUCGGACGUCAACUCUGAUCGAUCCUUGUCACAGCAACCAGAGCACCAGGGGCGGAAGUUGGUGCUUUUGUUGUAA